AUGAUGAAAGGUUUGUCCAUAGAUGAAAAUAUGUCAAAUUUGACAUCUGCUUCUAGUGAAAAAAGUGCUUCUUCGGCAACCAAGAAUGAAAAGGCAAAUCUAGAACCACAAACCAAAAGGAAGAGAAAUCUUCCAGGCCACCCAGACCCUGAGGCAGAAGUAAUAGCCUUGAGUCCCCAAACUCUAUUGGCAACAAACAGGUUCAUUUGUGAGAUUUGUAACAAAGGUUUUCAAAGAGAUCAAAAUCUUCAGCUUCAUAAAAGAGGACAUAAUUUGCCAUGGAAGCUAAAGAAAAGAAACAGCUAUGAAGUCAUAAGAAAGAAAGUGUAUGUGUGUCCAGAGGCAGCAUGUGUUCAUCAUGACCCUUCAAGGGCAUUAGGAGACCUCACUGGAAUCAAGAAGCACUUUUUCAGAAAGCAUGGUGAGAAGAAAUGGAAAUGUGAAAAGUGUUCCAAACGUUAUGCAGUUCAAUCUGAUUGGAAAGCUCAUUCCAAAAUUUGUGGCACUAAAGAGUAUAAGUGUGAAUGUGGAACCCUUUUCUCAAGAAGGGACAGUUUUAUAACUCACAGAGCUUUCUGUGAUGUUCUAUCACAUGAGAGUGCUAUGUCAAUGUCAGCAGUGAACCCUCUAUUCUCUCAUCACUCACAGUUUCAUAGCCAUGGUUUUCAACCACCAUCACUAAAAAAAGAACAAGACUUCAACUCAAGAUCUUCAGAAAUACCAUCAUGGUUAUUCCAAACUCAUAUGAACCAUUAUGAACAAAACCCUAACCCUACAAAUCUAUUUCCUUCAAAUUUCAACUCCAAUAAUAUAAUCACUACUUCUUCUCCACACAUGUCAGCCACUAGUUUACUGCAAAAAGCAUCACAAAUAGGUGUAACAGUAAGCAACACUGAUCAAGAACAUUGUAGGCCCUCCUCCCAGUUAAUGCAAACUCACGUGCCUUUUGAAUAUAAGACACUGUAUAUGAAUUCAUCUUCACCUGUUUCUGGAAUAGUUAUGCCUUCACGUGAAGAAAUAGCGACUGGUUUUUCUCAUUGUUUGGCUCCAUAUGGGAAUAAAGCUGCAAUAGCCUCUGAAUGCUUUGAACAAGGUGUCACUGUUACUGCUACAAAUACAGAAGAAUCUUCUCUUUUGCAUGAUGUGAUAUAUGGUAAUGAAAGUUCACAAUUUGAAGGUGUUGUUGCUAAUAAUAACUUUGAGGAAUUUGUUUCCAAAUCAACACAAACACAAUAUUCCCAAUUUGGUAAAAGCAACAAUGAUGAUGAAAUGACAAGGGACUUUUUGAGUCUUGGUGCAUUUUCACAAAGAGAUUUGUUCAAUAUAUCUGGAAUGAAUGAUGAUCCUUUGGGUUCUUUAUCUUAUGGUAAGCAAAAUCAUAAUCAAAAUCCUUGGAGAGGCUAA